UAUUUUUGUUUUUAAGGUAUGCUCGUUGUGAACGUUAUUCAAAAGGUGUAUUAAAUUGUAAUGAAGCUAUUCGUUUAAAUCCAAAUCUUGUUCGUGCUUAUCUUUAUCGUGGUUGUUUAAAAUAUUCACUUCGUCUUUAUGAUCAUGCUAUAAAAGAUUUAUCAAUAGCAUUACAAAUUGAUCCAUCAUGUUCACAUGCAUAUUAUAAUCGUGCAUUAUGUUAUGUACGUCGAGGAAAUCUUUCUUAUGCAUUAAAAGAUUUUGCUAUUGUUUUAUGUCUUGUAUCAACAAUAAAAAAUAGUAAAACUCAAUUACUUGAACUUGAAACAUAUGUUAAUCGUGGUUUAUUACAAUAUGAACAUAAAGAUUUUGAAAAUGCAUUAAUUGAUUUUGAAUAUGCAUUACAAUUAAUAUUAAUAUCUAAUGAUGAAAAACGAAUUCAAACACUUAAACAUAAAUUAAUAUAUACUAUUGGACAAUGUUAUCAUCGUUUAGCACAAUUUAAUAAAGCUAUUGAACAAUUUACAUCAUCAGAAAUAAUUGAACAAUCUAAAAUUGAUAUGAAUUAUCGACAUGAUUUAUGGUUAGCUCAAGCUAAUGUUUAUAUGGAUAUAGGUAAUGAUAAAUCAAAAUUAAAAGCAACAAAAUUAUAUGAAUUUAUACUUCAUGAAAAUCCAUUACAUGAAAAUGCAAGACUUAAUCUUGGUUAUUGUUUUCGACAACGUGGUUAUUAUCAACGAGCAUGGAUACAAUUUUCAGCUAUUCUUCAUUUUAAUCCAUCACAUAUACGUGCACUUGAAGCACGUGCUAUUGUUUGUUUACAAAUGAAUCAUCCAACAGAAGCAUUUAUUGAUCUUAAUCAAGCAUUACGUUUUCAACCAUCAUCAGCUCAAUUACUUACAAAUCGUGGUGUUAUUCAACAAUAUUUAGGUGAUAAUAGAAAUGCUAUGUGUGAUUAUCGUGCAGCUAUGCUUGCUGAUCCAAAUAAUGCAUUUGCACAUUAUAAUGCUGGAAAUAUACUUAUGUUUCAUGGACAAUUUCCACAAGCUAUUAAUUUAUUUGAUAGAGUUUUAGAAAUAAAUCCACGAGAUGAAGCAGCAUUAACAAAUCGUGCUAUUGCUAAAGUUGUUUUAAAACAAUAUGAUAGUGCACGUAAAGAUCUUGAACAUGCUUUACAAAUAUCACCAUUAAGUGCACAUAUUCAUGUUGAUCUUGGACAAUUAUUAUUAACUAUGAAUGAACCAUAUGAAGCAGAAAAACAUUUUUCAAGAGCUUUAAAAAUUCGUCCAUGUGAUCCAGUUGUGUAUAAAUGGCGAGGUGAUGCACGAUCAAAACAAGAUGAUAAACGACAAGAAGCUUUGGAUGAUUAUCGUAUUUGUGUGGAACUUAAUGAUGCAUUACAAUUAGCACGAAAACAUGGACUUAUUAAAGCACCGACUAAAACUCGACGAAGAUUGUGA